UGUAUAUGGCUGAAAGCCCAAAUGUCAAAAAGCUGAGCAGAUCUCUCCUCGACAUUACAGCAAUGAUAUCAAGUUCAAGUUCAACCCACAUAUCUAAUGAAUAACGACCAUAUGUCACCAACAAAGUGUGAAUCUAUAUCCAAUAUGUUGCAUUCACAUUCAUGCAUCUCAUACAUUUGCUUAUAGAUUGUCAUAUUUUGCAUAUAACAGGUGAAAUAUAGGUCCCCAACUGAAACGUAUUCAUAAUACUCGUUCACGAAAGAAAAUGGAAAAUGAAGAGAGAGCUCAGUUAGAAAUGCAACACCAAAGAGAGUUGGAAAGCCUGAAAGAGGAUGUGGCAAGGCUCACUAGCUUGCUCGAGCAAGCUUUGAGGCCUAGAGCUGGGGAAGGAACAUCUUCUCAACAAACAUGUACACCUCAGCCUCCACCUUCCUUUAUUCCGCCAUUCGAACCUCAGCAUGCUGCUCCUUUCGCACCUACUCAAUCAGCACAUCCAAUGAGGAUCCCUCAUAUUGUGUUGACAGAAGAAGAACCUCAAAGGAACAAGAUAAUAGAGGAAAAUGGUCAUGAGAAACUAGCUGCCUUAGAAGAAAGAAUGAAGGCAAUAGAAGGGAAUAGUUUGUAUGAUCCCGUGAAGGCCGCUGAAAUGUGUUUAGUGCCUAACGUGGUUAUUCCUAGAAAAUUCAGAGUUCCAGAAUUUGUUAAAUACACCGGAACUCAGUGCCCAAUCACCCAUCUUAAAGCAUAUUGUAAUAAGAUGGCUGAAGUAGUCCAUGAUGAGAGAUUAUUGAUCCAUUUCUUUCAGGACAGUUUAAGUGAUGCUGCUCUUGCUUGGUAUAUGCGUUUGGAUAAUACCAAGAUUAAAGGAUGGAAGGACUUGGUUGAUGCUUUUGUUAGACAAUAUAAGUUCAACAUGGAUAUUGCCCCAGAUAGAUCAAGUCUGCAAGCCAUGGAAAAAGGCAAUAAGGAGUCUGUAAGAGAAUAUGCCCAAAAGUGGCGUGAAUUAGCUGCACAAGUAAGUCCUCCAUUGUCGGAAAGGGAGAUGACUGGCUUAUUUUCCAAUACUUUUAAAGCCCCGUACUUUGAGUACUUGGUAGGCAGUGCAGCACAAAAUUUCUCCGAUUUGGUUGUCAUAGCUGAAAGGAUCGAACAAGCCGUUCGGACGGGUAGGAUCGUGGAUCCUACUGAAAAAAGAGGUUUUAUUGGGAAGAGGAAAGAAACAGAAAUUCACAAUGUUGAAAGGGAAAGUAGAGGGAAGAAAACCUACCAAGAUAAUUACAGCUUUAAAAGUAUUCCACCUACCCCCUCUAUAUCCAAUAUAAAAUUCUCUUCACCUACAAACACCCAAAACCACCCAAUAAACAACCAAACCAAUAAUGCCUACCGCCCAAGAAGAAAUUUUCCAACAGAUCAAGUGCAACUUCCACCAUUACCCAUGUCUCUUACUGAAAUGCACCAAAGAUUGCUUAGUAUUGGGCAGGUAGCACCUAUUCCAUUAGAACCUUUACAACCACCAUUUCCCUUUUGGUAUAAACCCGAUCAAAAAUGUGAAUACCAUGCUGGUGUUGUUGGUCAUAAUAUUGAUGGAUGUAUUGCAUUCAAACGAAAAAUCCUUCAGCUUAUCAAAGCUGGUUGGAUUUCUUUUGAUGAGUCUCCAAAUGUGAAUUCUAACCCUCUACCAAAUCAUGCUUCUGGAAGCGGGGGAGUUAAUAAUUUGGAGAUAGGAAGGGGAAGUACAUCAACUUUAAGGGUGACUAUGGAUAGAUUGUAUGGGAUGUUGAGGCAAACAGACUAUUUAAAGACACCAGUCAAAGUACAAGCUAUAAGGAAUGAUAAUGAAUAUUGUAAAUAUCAUCAACAGCUUGGGCAUGAUAUCGACUCGUGUGAGGAGUUCCAUUUGGAGGUAGAAAAUAUGAUGACAUUGGGAGUAUUAAGAUUAAUAAAACCCAAAGAAGAUGAGUUGGUAGGAACAAUGACUGGUUGUAACAAGAAGGUGGAAGUUUGUAGAUAUAUACCAACCGAAAAGGGUCCACCAAAAAUGAUCCUAACCAAGCCUAUGAAUACUGUUAGCGGGAGUUUUAGUGCCCAACCAUAUAAUUAUGGUUAUUCCUUUCACAACACAAAUCCUGCCCCUGUUUUCCAUGCUGAAAUAGGAGGACUCACUCGAAGUGGGAGAUGUUUUACUCCUGAAGAGUUGGAAAAUCACAGAAAAGCCAAAGGAAAGGAUAUGGUGGAAUUGGCAAAGACCGAUGAGGUUAAUAAGCCAGUAAGUGAUGAAGAGGCUAAUGAAUUUCUGAAAUUAAUGAAGCACAGCGAAUAUAGUGUGGUUGAUCAGCUAAAGAAAACACCUGCUAGGAUUUCUUUGUUGUCAUUAAUGUUGAGUUCAGAAUUGCAUAGGAACGCACUUCAGAAGGUUCUUAAUGAAGCAUAUGUUCCUCAGGAUAUCACACAAGACUCCAUAGAACAUUUGGUGGGCAGGAUUCAAGCCACCAACUACCUUUACUUUACCGAUGAUGAGCUGGAUCAUGAAGGGAUCGGUCAUAAUAAACCGUUGCACAUCACGGUAAAAUGCAAAGAUUGUGUGGUCGCUAAGGUGCUUAUAGAUAAUGGUUCUGCUCUCAAUGUAUUACCAAGACAUGUACUUGAUAAAAUGCCAGUUGAUGCCUCUCACAUGAAGCCAAGUACCAUGACUGCUAGGGCAUAUGAUGGGUCACCUCGACCAAUCAUUGGGAGUAUUGAUGUUGAACUAAUCAUUGGCCCACAACCAUUUCAAGUCACAUUACAAGUAAUGGACAUUCAUCCAUCAUAUAGCAUGUUACUUGGGAGACCUUGGAUCCAUGCAGCCCGAGCUGUCGCAUCUUCUUUACAUCAACGGGUCAAGUUUAUCAUCAAUGGAAAUUUGGUGACUGUGAGGGCUGAGGAAACUUUAUCAACAAUGAAAAAUGUGUCGAUCCCUUAUAUAGAAACUGAAGAAAUUAAGGAUGGAAAUCUGCAUGCAUUUGAAGUUGUAAAUGCUGAAUGGGUACCAGAAAAUAUGAUACGAAGGAAACCAGAAAUUUCUGAAGCAGCAAAAAUGGCUGCUAAAUACUUCUUAAAGCAUGGACUGCCAUUUCAAUAUGACCACGCUACCGGAAUGCCUGAGAGGGUUAAUGUGAUAAAAAUGAAGUGCGCGGAUCAAAGGUUUGGCUUAGGGUUUAAGCCUGGGAAAGCAGAUUUCAAAAGAGCAGCUGAAAUUAGAAGAGAAAAGAGAAUGGCCCGGAUUGAAAGGAGAGAACCAGAUGAAGAUCGAAUGGAAAUCCCACCAAUCCAUGUAACGUUCCCAAGACCCGCAUAUGUGAUAAAAACUGAAGAUUAUGAGGGAGGAUUAAGAAAGGAAUUCAAUGGUGUUACUAUCAGUUAUCUUGAAAAAGACAGUGAACAAGAGUUAAAGGAGGAAGAUAGUACUCAUGAACAGUUGCCUCAGCUGACUAUUAGUGUUUUGGAAGAUGGCUCAUCAGAAUUCGUGAGGAAACUGGCUGAGGGAGAAGAUUUAGCAAAUUGGGAAAUUCAUGAAGUUCCAAUUAUUUUCAAAAAUUCCGCUUUCAGGAAAUCUGAAAGCGGAUUGUCAUACACCUCACAAACUCAUUGCACUGUGGAUAAUUGGCUUAACUUUGAUGAAAAUAUAAUUGCCAUGGAUGAGGAAGAGUUUGGUGAAGAGGAUAUACAUGAGUUCACAAGGUUAGUCGAACAAUCUGACCGCACAUGGAAGCCUGCAAAAGAAGAAUUAGAACUGAUAAAUGUGGGCACCGAGGAUAAUAAAAGAGAGUUGAAGAUAGGGAAGUUAGUCUCUACUGAUGGAAGAGGGAAAUUGAUUGCUCUUUUACAAGAAUAUGUUGAUGUUUUUGCCUGGUCAUACGCUGAUAUGCCUGGUCUGGAUACUGAUAUUGUGGUACAUAAGCUACCUUUGAUAGAAGGUUGUAAGCCAGUUAAACAAAAGUUGAGGAGGACAAGGCCAGAUAUACUAAUCAAAGUGAAAGAAGAAAUAAUGAAACAGUGGGAUGCUGGAUUCUUGGAAGUAGUCGAUUAUUCUCAAUGGGUGUCCAAUAUCGUAGUAGUGCCCAAGAAAGAUAACAAAAUCAGGGUAUGUGUGGAUUUCCGAGACUUGAAUAAGGCAAGCCCAAAGGAUAAUUUUCCUUUACCCCAUAUAGAUGUGCUAGUGGAUAGUGCUGCUAAGAGUUCUACUUACUCUUUUAUGGAUGGUUUCUCUGGGUAUAAUCAGAUUAAAAUGGCCGAGCAAGACAAAAAGAAAACAACAUUUGUCACCCCGUGGGGAACAUAUUGCUAUAAAGUUAUGCCAUUUGGAUUGAAAAAUGCUGGGGCAACUUAUCAAAGAGCAAUGGUGACACUAUUUCAUGACAUGAUGCACAAAGAAAUUGAGGUAUAUGUGGAUGAUAUGAUUGCUAAGUCUAAAGAUGAGGAAAACCAUAUCCCAGCUCUGAAGAAAUUAUUUGAAAGGCUGAGAAAGUAUCAAUUAAAGUUGAACCCUGCAAAGUGUACAUUUGGGGUGAAGUCAGGGAAGUUAUUGGGAUUUAUGGUAAGCAAUAAUGGCAUAGAAGUAGACCCUGAUAAAGUGAAGGCCAUACAAGCUAUGUCAACUCCUAAAACCGAGAAAGAAGUUCGAGGUUUUUUGGGGCGUUUAAAUUACAUUGCUCGAUUUAUUUCACAACUUACAGUCACUUGUGAACCAAUCUUUCGAUUGCUUCGAAAGAAAAACCCUGGAGUAUGGGAUGAAGACUGUCAAAAAGCAUUUGAUAAGAUAAAACAAUAUUUGCAAAACCCACCUCUAUUGGUACCACCUGUGCCUGGAAAGCCUCUCAUUUUGUAUUUAACAGUAACUGAAUCAGCAAUGGGUUGUGUGCUUGGCCAACAUGAUGAGACCGGAAGAAAAGAACAAGCCAUCUACUAUCUUAGUAAAAAGUUCACUGAGUGUGAAUCUCGUUACAGUAUGGUUGAGAAGUUGUGUUGUGCUUUGAUAUGGAGUGCGAAAAGACUCCGGCAGUAUAUGCUAUAUUAUACCACUUGGUUAAUUUCAAAGAUAGAUCCUCUGAAAUAUAUUUUUGAAAAACCGUACAUGUCAAAUAGGCUAGCCAGAUGGCAAGUGUUGUUGGCUGAAUAUGAUAUCAUCUACAAAACAAGAAAAUCUGUGAAAGGAAGUGCAAUCGCAGACCAUUUAGCUGAUAAUGCCCUUGAAGACUAUGAGCCAUUAAAUUUUGACUUCCCUGAUGAAGAUGUGUUAGUAAUAGAAAGUGAUUGGUGGACCAUGUACUUUGAUGGUGCAGUGAAUGUGUCUGGUAAUGGAGCUGGUGCUGUAAUAAUUUCUCCAGAAGGGAAACAAUAUCCCAUCUCCAUUAAAUUGCAAUUUAGUUGCACAAACAACACAGCUGAAUAUGAGGCUUAUAUUCAUGGAUUAGAAGCUGCAUUGGAACUAAAGAUACAAAAACUAGAGGUAUAUGGAGACUCCAUGUUGAUAAUCUGCCAGACAAAGGGGGAAUGGCAGACAAAAGAUGAGAAAUUGAAACCAUAUCAAGAAUAUCUCUCCAAGUUGGCUGAAAAGUUUGAAGAGAUAGAGUUCAAUCAUUUAGGAAGGGAUAAGAAUCAGUUUGCGGAUGCUUUAGCAACCCUGGCCUCUAUGGCCACAAUCGAUUGUGGUAUCAGAGUACAUCCUAUAGGCAUUGAUAUCAGAAGUUCUCCUGCUCAUUGUUAUUUAAUAGAAGAAGAAAUUGAUGGCAAUCCUUGGUAUGCAGAUAUAAAAAGAUUCAUCCAAUAUCGAGAAUAUCCUUCUGAAGCUUCAAAGACAGAUAAGAAGACGUUGAGAAGAAUGGCCAUGGAAUACUUUCUAGAUGGAGAAAUCUUAUACAAAAGGGCAUUCGAUGGGACUUUAUUAAGAUGCCUAGACAGAUCAGAAGCCAAUAAAGCUUUGUAUGAAGUACACGGAGGAAUUUGCACCACCCAUGCAAAUGGACACAUGAUGGCGAGAAAAAUGCAAAGAGCAGGGUAUUUUUGGAUGACUAUGGAGAAGGAUUGUAUAGAAUUUGUCCGAAGAUGUCAUAAAUGUCAAGUGUAUAGUGACAAAAUCAAUGCACCUCCAUUGCCCUUAUUCAAUAUGGUGUCACCUUGGCCAUUUGCAAUGUGGGGGAUAGAUGUGAUUGGGCCUAUUAAUCCAAAAGCUAGCAAUGGUCAUCGAUUUAUCUUGGUCGCAAUUGAUUAUUUUACAAAGUGGGUAGAGGCCUGUUCAUAUGCUCAUGUGACGCAGAAAGUGGUCAAGCGUUUCAUUGAGAGAGACCUAAUUUGUAGGUAUGGUUUGCCAGAAAGGAUAGUAACCGAUAACGCCAAGAACUUCAAUGGGAAGAUGAUCGUGGAAUUAUGCACUAAAUGGAAAAUCAAGCAUUCCAAUUCAUCCCCUUACCGACCAAAGAUGAAUGGUGCUGUUGAAGCGGCUAACAAGAACAUAAAGAAGAUUGUCCAGAAAAUGGUGGUUACAUAUAAAGAUUGGCAGGAAUGGCUUCCUUAUGCAGUGAUGCCUUUGGAAGUAAAGAUUCCUUCUUUAAGGGUCCUCAUGGAAUCUGAGCUAGAAGAGGCUAAAUGGGCAAGAAUACGAUAUGAACAGCUAAAUAUGAUCAAUGAAAAGAGAUUAGCUACAAUCUGUCACCACCAAUUGUAUCAAAAAAGGAUAGCAAGAGCAUAUGACAGAAAAAGUUUGACCAGAGAGUUUGAUGUAGGAGAUCUUGUAUUGAGAAAAAUCCUAUUACUACCUAAUGAAAAUCAUAGCAAGUGGGCACCCAAUUAUGAAGGUCCUUAUGUAGUAAAAAAGGCAUUCUCUGGAGGAGCAUUGAUACUGACAGGAAUGGAUGGAGAAGAGUUGAGUAGGCCAGUGAAUUCCGAUUCUGUGAAGAAAUAUUAUCCAUGAUUGUA